AUGGAGAUAGACCCUCGAUCGACUCGAGCGCAAUUCACGAACAUGAUGACGCCUGCUGAGGUGGCAUCACUUCAAGCGACUAGGACGGAAAUUUCGCCCUUGCCGGCAAUUGCCUCGGAGAUGGACACACCACGUGGACCGGAAUACAUCGCCGGCGACGGAGUUCCAACGGGGGCGUGGGCUGCUGGUCUUUUCGAUUACUUUGACAACCUGGUACCAAAUUGCUGUAUGGUCACUUUUUGUCCUUGUGUAGCACUGGCCCAGCUAGCGACACGCUUGGGCGUCGCGCCAUACAAAAUGAUGCUUAGCCUACUGGUGUUCGCAUCAUUAGUGCUUACUAUGGGAAUUCUCGUUUGGGCCAUUGCAAAAGAAACUUACCACUCAGUCAAUGAACUCAACAACGGAACGCAUCAAAAUCACGACGAAGUGGCUGAUGGCACUUUCGUCAUGAUUAUGCUCAGUCUUUACAUGUUGCUGCUUGGCUUCAUCUGUCAUCUUCGUACCACGACGCGCAAGCGCUUUCAUCUCCCCGGCAAUGCACUGACGGACUGCCUCAGCUCAUGGUGCUUUCCAUGUUGUACCGUGGCACAACUUCGAACGCAUGUUCGCAGCUAUCAGCCGGGAAAUUGCACGUUCGGACCACCUAGUGUGCUGCAAGCGUAUCCGGAGAAGUCGUACGCGGUAUAG